UUGGGCCAUAAACAGGUCAGAACUAGUUCACGGAAGGUCCGGCGUUUGUUGAAGAAGACCGGGCUGACCGAUGCAUGGAAAUUGUCAGAAGCUGACCUGCAGGCAAAGUGGUACAUUGAACAUCAAGACUACAAAGAGGUCAAGCGGAAGCGUGCCCAUCAGUGGCGCCUGGAAUAUCUGGAGACCAGAUCAGCAGCAGUCCAGAGAGCAAAGAAGGGCAACAUCAAAGCUUGUACCAGACGGACUCGAGUCCAGCGGAUGGCACAAAAAGAAGAGACCCAACGGCGAAGGAAAGCUCAAGGCAAAGGCUUCUCUGGUGGCCUCCAGCAGAUCAAAGUGGCCCAGGUGGCCCAGGAUGGUACCUCCCAUUGGGUAACAUGCCAGUCUCAACGUCUUGUGGAAGAAGGCUGCAUGCAAGAGAACCGGCUCCGGUAUGACCAGACCCGCUACCCCUACUCCACUCCACCCAUGACUGAACCUUUGUAUUCCGACUUCAAUGGCCCCAAUGCCGAAAGGAACAGCCAAGCACUGCUCCGUGGUCUCUAUGAAGGCGAGACAGCGGAUCCUUACCUGGUGUCAUUCCUGGACCAUUGCCGACGGCCGGAGGGCUUGGCAGACCAACCACUGGAAGUGGAUCUGGAGGACCAUGUUAGCUUCUGGCGAAAGAUGGGGGAACACAAAGGUUCGGAGCCACACGGCUUGCAUAAUGGCCAUUUCAAAGCGGGAGUGGCAUCCAUUUUGCUUGCCUGCUGCGACACGAUCUUUCGCUCCAUCCCUUUUGCUACAGGAUUUGUCCCAGCCCAGUGGUGCCACUUGCUCAACUUUGCAAUUGAGAAGAAACCAGGCGAGAUCCGGGUGGACCUCAUGCGCACGAUCCAAAUGAUGAAUUUGGAGCUGCAGGCCAACAACAAGAGAGUGGGGAAAUCGGCCAUGGCCUACGCAGAGAAGCACAACCUGAUCCCAAAAGGACAACAUGGGUCUCGCAAGCGUCACCAGGCCAUCGAUCUGGCCCUUACGAAGCAUCUCACUUGGGACCUCUUGCAUCUUCCACGCCGCCCGCCCGGAUGGACCUCCAACGAUGCCAAGUCCUGCUUUGACCGGAUUGUCCACUGGGUGGCAAUCAUUAGCCUCAUGCGCUUUGGGAUUCAAUGGCGUACCUUUGCUCCAUGUUUGAUACACUGA